GUAUUGAUAAGGUGAUCAUCGAAUUCCGUCUAGUUGUGUUACGUGUUUGCAGUAGUGUCGCACUGACAGAAAACAUGGCGAGCUUGGCUGAUGUGGGCUGGAAGCUCCUGGAGUUCAGAGCCCGAACUAAAAGAUCAGUAGUUGAAAUUUAGUUGACCACUGGCCUUAACCUGCAUCUUGUGAGCAUGGCUGGGGUUCACAUGGCUGAACGGUACCUUGUCAGAGAUGGCUCCAUCUAUGAACCGCUCCAGCUGUCCUUCCUCCAUCGGGAGGAUGAACCACUGUGGGAGAAACUGGACCACUACUACAAGUCAGUGAAGGCCACCAUCCUGAACUACCAGAGUCCAACCACAGGCCUGUUCCCCAUCAAGACAUGCUCCUCCUGCAAGGAGGCCCGUGUGAGGGACUCCCUGUACUGUGCUGCUGGCUCCUGGGCCCUGGCCCUGGCCUACAGGAGGAUCGAUGACGACAUGGGGCGGACCCACGAGCUGGAGCACUCAGCCAUCAAAUGCAUGAGAGGCGUCCUGUACUGCUACAUGAGGCAGGCUGACAAGGUGGAGCAGUUCAAGCAGGACCCCAGCCCCUCCAAGUGUCUGCACUCCGUGUUCCAUGUGGACACCGGGGACGAGAUGCUCUCCUGCAGCGACUACAGCCACUUACAGAUUGAUGCCGUAUCUCUGUUCUUGCUCUACCUGGUGGAGAUGAUCUGCUCCGGGCUCCAGAUCAUUUACAACACUGAUGAGGUGUCUUUCAUCCAGAACCUGGUGUUCUGCGUGGAGAGGGCGUACCGCAUGCCGGACUACGGCAUGUGGGAGAGAGGAAGCAAGUACAACAACGGAGGCACCGAGCUCCACUCCAGUUCGGUGGGCCUGGCCAAGUCUGCCCUGGAGGCCAUCAACGGAUUCAACCUGUUUGGAAAUCAGGGCUGCUCCUGGUCGGUGAUCUUCGUGGACCUGGAUGCCCACAACAGGAACCGUCAGACCCUGUGCUCCCUGCUGCCCAGAGAGUCCCGCUCACACAACACGGACGCGGCGCUGCUGCCCACCAUCAGCUACCCGGCCUUCGCGGUGGACGACGACGCGCUCUACAGCCAGACGCUGGACAAGAUCGUCCGCAAGCUGAGGGGGAAGUACGGCUUCAAGCGCUUCCUCCGGGACGGCUACCGCACGGCCAACGAGGACAAGAACCGCCGCUACUACAAGCCCGCCGAGAUGAAGCUUUUUGAUGGAAUCGAAUGCGAGUUCCCCAUCUUCUUCAUCUACAUGAUAAUCGACGGAGUGUUCAGAGGAAACAAAGACCAGGUGAAGGAGUACCAGGACCUGCUGCAGCCGGUCAUCUUCCGCUCUCCUGAAGGCCACGCCGUGGUCCCUAAGUAUUACUACGUCCCUGCUGACUUCGUGGAGGCGGAGCAGAAGAAGCACGGGAGCCAGAAGCGUUUCCCUAGCAACGCGGGCGGCGACGGGAGGUACUUCCUGUGGGGUCAGGCCCUCUUCAACAUCGCCCAGCUGCUCGUGGACGAGCUCAUCAGCCCUAAGGACAUCGACCCUCUCCACCGCUACGUUCCCCGUCAGGACCAGCGCAACGUCAGCAUGCGCUACUCCAACCAGGGCCCCAUAGAGAACGACGUGGUGAUCCAUGUGGCCCUAAUUGCCGAGAGCCAGAGACUACAGGUGUUCCUCAACACCUAUGGGAUUCAGACUCAGACCCCCCAACAGGUGGAACCCAUUCAGAUCUGGCCUCAGAAAGAGCUGGUCAAGGCAUAUCGUUUCCUGGCUGUCAAUCAGAAGCUUGGGCUGAGUGGGCGUCCAGAGAGACCAGUGGGCUGCAUCGGGACCUGCAAGAUCUAUCGUAUCCUGGGUAAGACGGUGGUCUGCUACCCCAUCGUGUUCGACCUCAGCGACUUCUACCUGUCCCAGGACGUCAUGCUGCUGAUCGACGACAUCAAGAAUGCCCUGCAGUUCAUCAAGCAGUGCUGGAAGAUGCAGGGACGCCCUCUGUUCCUGGUCCUCAUCCGGGAGGAUAACAUCAAGGGGAGUCGCUUCAACCCGGUCCUCGACAUGCUGGCUUCCUUCAAGAAGGGCAACAUCGGGGGGGUCAAGGUUCACGUGGACAGACUGCAGACCCUGAUAUCCGGAGCUGUCGUGGAGCAGCUGGACUUCCUCCGCAUCAACGAGGCAGAGAUCCCUGAGUUCCAGGCCCUGGAGGAGCUGGCUCUGCCCAAACACUCGAAGGUGAAGCGGCAGUCCAGCACGCCCAACGCCUCGGACCUGGAACAGCAGCCCGAGGUCGACGCCCACGAGUGGAACCAUCGGCCCACCCACGAAAUCAUGCUCAAGUUCCACGAGUCAGACUGUCUGGCAAGCCAGGCUCAGCUGGCUGCCAUUCUCCUCCGAAGGGAAGGGCCUCACCUGCUGGCCAAUGACGAGAACCUGCUGGAAGAGCUGGAGAAGAUUUAUCGAAGAGCUGGAACCAAGAAGCUUUGGUCGGUGGUGCGUCUCGCUGCUAGUCUGUUAACUAAGCUGGUGGACAGCCUUGCCCCCAGUAUAACUAGUGUGUUAGUGCAUGGCAAACAGGUGACCCUGGGCGUGUUCGGCCAGGAGGAGGAGGUGGUCUCCAAGCCGCUGUCCCCGGGGGAGAUCAAGGCCUUGCUGUACCUGCGCUGCGCCCCAGAGGGGGGAGAGAGUCAGGCCGUGCUGCAGCAGGAGCUGCUGAUCCACAUCGGCUGGAUCAUCUCCAACAGCCCCCAGCUGUUCAGCGGCAUGCUCAACAUCAGGAUCGGCUGGAUCCUCCAGGCCAUGCAGCACGAGCUGAAGAUCCGUGCGGGGGAACUGCCGUCCCAGGAUGUGUACCAGCUGUCCCCCAGCGACGUCAAGCAGCUGCUGCUGGACGUACUGCAGCCGCAGAUCAGCAGCAGGUCCUGGCUGAACCGGCGUCAGAUCGACGGCUCUCUGAACCGCAGCCCCCCGGGGUUCUACGACCGCGUCUGGCAGAUCCUGGAGCGGACCCCCCACGGGAUCCUGGUGGCCGGGACCCAUCUGCCCCAGCAACCCACCCUGUCCGACAUGACCAUGUACGAGAUGAACUUCUCCCUGCUGGUUGAAGACACGCUGCAGAGAAUCGUCCUCCCAGAGUACAGACAGAUCAUCGUGGAGCUGCUGAUGGUGGUGUCCAUCGUGCUGGAGAGAAACCCGGAGCUGGAGUUUGCUGAGAAGGUGGACCUGGAUGGGCUGGUGAAGGAGGCCUUCAUGGACUUCCAGCGGGAUGCCAGUGGCCUGCAGGGCAAAGAGAAACAGGACAGCAUGGAGGCGUUCUACAACAGCCAGCCCAUGGGGCAGAGGGGCACCUCCUCCUACCUCAGCAAGGCCGUCAUCGUCCAGCUGCUGCAGGGAGAGCUCAAGCCCUGCAGGGAGGACCCCUGCUCCGUCAGCUAGACCCCCCAGCCUCCACCCUUGGGGUGUAGCUAGUGCUGGUGGAGCAUGACCUUUGUGUAUUAAAUAGCGUUGGCGUCCUUCAGGAUUCAAUGAUUUAGUUUCUGAAGAAGAGGCUCUCUGUCUAGUCUCCCUGGGGGGCCUCGCCUGGGGGACCCCAGCACCAUGUUGACCCCUGACCCCUGGUCUACUGCCACCAUGGAACCCCUCCACACUAGCCUUCCUUCAUAACAAAGGCAGCCCUUGACAGAGCAUAUAGAUAUAAUAUAUAGAAAAAAUAUACAUACAUUCUAGAGUUUAAAUGAUCCAGUACACUGUUAUGAGAUGAGGGGAGUAUCAUGAGAUAGAAAUGAAUAACAUUUUUAACCAACCCCAGGCUCAAAUCCCUUUCAGAAGGAUACUUGAUUUGCUAACUCAGUGUGAAACCAGUGUUUGAAUGAGCCUGCAGAGCUCUAGACGAGGGCCUUGCUCAGCAGGAUUCUUUAAGGCUGUGUAUGCGGAGACACCAGACAGUAGCUGUUGUCUUCAGGAGGCUUUGAGGGCCGGUUGGGAGUGAAGCGCCUGAACAGCGUCUCUCUGCUCUCCUUCUAUUGUGUGUUACUGUACGUUUAUUGUGUUGUUCACCGAUUUGAUCCACAUAAAGCCUUGAUGAUC